AAAUAUGGCGUCGACUAUUCGCACCGCAUUGUCAACACCGCACGAGUUUCACCUUGUUGUCAACACGCCUAGACGCACAGAAAAAAACCGACCCGACUAGGACGACACCGAGUAGGUCCAUCAUGCCCAAAUAUUGUUCGGUGCCAAACUGUAAAAAUGACUCCACGAGCGGCAGCGACCGAAAAAGCUUUUACAAAUUCCCCCUGCAGGAUCCCGAGCGGCUGGAGGUGUGGCUUAGAAACAUCGGGCGCGACAACUGGACCCCCUCUCGGCACCAAUAUAUCUGCCACGAACACUUCGCGCCAACGUGCUUCAAGAUACGCUGGGGGAUGCGCUACCUUGAGAGUGACGCUGUGCCCACCGUCUUCCGCAGAGUCGAGAAACGCAAAGUGGUGGACGACAAUGAGAAGAAAGGCAAAGUGCUUUGCAGGAAAGCCGUGUUAAUGGAGGACCCCAGCCAGUGGGCUGUUGUGGGAGGGUCAAACGCAGCCCCAAACCUCCCCUGCUUACCUACACUACCUAUCAUAACUCCCUUAAUGCAGCCAGUGGAUCAGCACAAUGAAGGCAAGGUACUUCUGUUGCCUGAUGACAGCCAAGAGGAGCUGCUGGGCGCUUUUCUCGCGCCCGCCCACAGACUUACGGUGCAAGAGGUGUCCGCGGAAGAUCCGUGCCAAAGUCAGGUCGUCGCCUACUUUGAGUCCAUACCGAGCGUCUUUCCCGGCCACCUGCUUGUCUCCUCGGACACGAUGCUGUCGUCCGCUCUCAGCCCCGAGCCUAUCCCGUCCACGCUGCCCAUCGUGUCCAAGCACGCGCCGCCGCCGUCGAAGCCCCCCGCACCGGAGCCGGACGGAGGCUACGACCAGCAAGAUGAUGAUGAUGAUGAGGGAGAGAGCCAGGACCACCAACUGGAGGAGCACUGCUACCACAAGCAUCGUCUGAGCAAGGAGCAGCUGGAGGUUGUCGUGGCCGAGCUGCAGAAGAAGGUGAAGGUUCUGCAGCAGAAGCACCGGCGCCAGCUGGACAAAUUGUUGGGCCUGGAGAGCACCGUGAGUCAGCUGAGGCAGAAAAACAUCAUGACGGAAGAGAGAUUGCAGCUCCUGGAAAGGGCGUACAUCCAGAGCAGUGCCGGCACGAGUAACACUGGUGAAACUGUCGCCAUCAUUUACGAGGAAAAUGAGGCGGCCUAUUUCUACACCCUCAGCGACGGCGAGGAUAAUCUGUGAAGGCCAUGUCUGAGUGCCACAAUUUAUUUUUUUUCCUCAUCAAUAAAAAUGUUUAUCACUCUGAUUUGCACUAUUAUGGAUGAUAACAGAAAAGUUAUCUCUUUUUUAUUUAAAGGUUUCGCCCCCCAAUUUCCUGCAACCAUGUUUUCCCCUUUAUUUAAGUGUCUUUGUUUGUCAAAACAGAAAUCUAAUUAAAAAUGAUUUUCAUUCACAUAGGCACGUCACGUUUAUACGCUGUCACUGAGACCAUCAAUUAUUCCUUUCAAAUUUAGAUUUUUUUUGGUUAAUUUAAUGUUCAUCCAUUUUCAGUAUAAUCUAUUGAUUAAUUAUUUAAUUGAUAUAUUGUUUAAUCCUCUUAAAUUGUAUGUAAUAUGAUUUAAUUUAAGUUUUGAUGUAAUAAACAAAAGCACCAUGUCUUCUUUAUCUGUUAGCGCACUGUGACCGUAAAGGCAUCAACAUUGUAAUGUUAAAAUCCAUCUAUCCAUUAUCUGAGCCGCUUAUCCUCACAAGUCUUGUGGAAGUGGUGUAGCCAAUCCCAGCUAUCUUGGGGCAGGAGACGGGGUACACCAUUAACUGGUUGCCAUCCAAUCGCAGGACACACAUAAACAAACAACCAUUUAUACUCACAAUCACACCUAAAGGCAAAUUAGAGUUUUUUUGUUUUGUUUUUUUUUGGGUGGGGGAUAAUUUACUAGUUCUUGUACAAUUUCCACUUGGAUUUCUAUUGUACCAGCUCAUGUACAAAAUGUUUUUAUCUACCACUUCCUAUAUAGCCACAAGUUAAAUUUCUAAUGUACCAAUUCACAACCUGUGGAAGCACAGUGGGUGACUGGUUAGCUCAUGUGCCUCAGUUCAGAGGACUGGGGUUCCAAAACCCGGCAUUGGCUGUUUGCAGUUUGCACAUUCUCCCCAUGUCGGUGGUGGUUUUCUCUGGGAACUCCGGUUUCCUCCCACAUCCCAAAAACAUGCAACAUUAAUUGGACACUCUAAAUUGCACCUAGGUGUGAUUGUGAGUGCGGCUGUUUGUCUCCAUGUGUCCUACGAUUGCCUGGCAACCAGUUCAGGAUGUACCCUGCCUCUCGCUUGAUGACAGCUGGGGUAGGCUCCAGCGCUCUUGCAACCCUCCUCAGAUAAUGGAUGGAUGGAUAGUUCCAUUUACAGCCUUUUGUUAGAUUUUUAUUCCUUAUGCCACAUAAAAAGAUGUGUUACAUUUCUGAAUUACUGAUUCCAUAGUCAAUUUUGUAAUCUACUAGUUCAGUGUACAUGAUGUUACAUUUUUGCCCAAUGAAAAAGAAGUUUCACGUGAGCCUUGUUAUUUUCUCAUCCACUUGUUCCAUUGGUACUUUGCUAAUCUACUAGUUCCAUGUACAAACUGUGCUGUGUUUUUCAUCAACUAGUUUGUCUUUGUUUUGCAUUUCUCAUGUUUUUAUUACAUACAUCUGGCCUAAAACUGUGCCAAACAAAUAUGCAUUCAUCUCAGAUGACACGCUGUGGCGACCCCUAACGGGGCAAGCCGAAAGGAAAAGAAGAAGAAGAUAGUAGUUACUUUUUUAAUUUUGCUUCUUCCAUAUAACAAACCUGUUACCUUUUCAAACUUCAGAUUCAUAUAAGGCCUUGUUUUACAUAUCUAAUGACUUGAUUAUUUUCCUAAUGUGACCAUUUCAUGUUCAACCUGGGUGUAUAUCUUAUGGGCUUCAUUCCCAUGUACUGCACAGCCCUAUGUUGCUUUUCUACAAUCUGCUGAUUCCAUUGUCACUUUUCAAAUGUAGUGGUUCCAUAAAUCGACCUGUUUCUGAUCUACUAGUUUUGGAGCAUUACGGG